CGUCUCUUCCCCGGCUGCCUUCUCGCUUUGCCAAGUGAGCUUUGCCCAGCGAGCUUUGCCGAGCCAGGCCAUUUCCUCCUGCUGCUGCUGCCACUACCGUCUCUCUCGCCUCCGUUGCUGAUCACGGCUCUGCGGCCAGCCUUCUCGUUGGCCAAGCCCGCCCUUCCUUCCUUCCUUCCGGUCAAGUCAUCUCUCAUUCUUCGUCCGAAACUAAGCCUCGUGUUGGCUCGCCCCUCCAUCAACACCCCUUCAUUUACCCCCUCCUGUGAUCAGUCGCCCUUACCUUCUUUCCACUGCUCAGUCCAUCGUGCUGAAAACCCUCCCUUCUGUCCAGACUCUUCACUGCCGUUUAGCCACCAGUAGUCCACCAUGGAACCAGAUUAUGCCGCCCCCGCGGUCCCUGUUGCUCAUCCCUUCGUUGCUGAGGCUGUUCCUGUUGCUUAUCCCGACGCUGCUGAUGCUGUCCCUGUCGCUCAUCCCUUCGUUGUUGAUGCUGUCCCUGUCGCCCAUCCCUUCGUUGCUGAGGCUGUCCCUGCUCAUCAUGUCCUUGCUCAGCCUGUCCCUGCUCAUCAUGUCCUUGCUCAGCCUGUCCCUGUUCAGGCCGGCGCCGUCGCAGACUCAAAGCUCUGGGAGCAGGUCAGCGUCAGCCUCAGGCGUAUCCAGGAGACCGAUGAGCUUCUUGUCAUAAUCCAACCUCCUGCGUUGCAGCAGCGAGCGCCCCUCAACAUUUGCUGUGUGAUCGAUGUCUCGUACUCGAUGAGCGAUGAAGCAUCUGUCACCAACGCCAACGGCAUCAGAGAGAGCGACGGCCUCACCACUCUGGACAUUGUCAAGCACGCCGUCAACACCAUCAUCCGCUCCCUCAACGAAAACGACACCAUCAGCAUCGUGUCCUUCUCCAACACCGCCAGAGUCAUUCUGGAGCCUACUCGAGUGACUCCCGAGAACCUGAAUCACGCCCUCGCCAGGGUCGACGAUCUCGACUACGAAAGCAACACCAACCUCUGGGCGGGUCUGCACGCAGCCCUCGAUGUGCUCAAAGCCCAGCAAAGCAACAACACGAUCCCAGACUGCAUCUCAUCGAUCGUUCUCUUGACCGACGGCUGUCCCAACACGGAGCCGCCCCGCGGUCAUAUCCCAACCCUCCAAAACUACAUCCGCACCAAGAUGCGCGGCAACUUGAACGCCGUCCUCAGCACCUAUGGCUUUGGGUACAGCCUGCUCUCGGACCUGCUUGAUGACAUUGCCACGGUCGGAAACGGCUCGUACUCGUUCAUCCCCGAUGCCUCUUUUGUUGGCACUACCUUCAUCCAUGCCGUUGCCAACUUGCUGGUCACUCGGACCAUGAAGGCCAAGCUUACCGUCUCCUUUGGCGACCACAACCCCGUAUCCGAGACGCUCGAUGUGUAUGGCGUCAUCCAGUCCGGCCAGAACCGCCAUUUGAUCAAAGAAAACUCACAGCUUGCCAAGGCAGCCAAGAACUCGAUAGCAAGGAGACCCAAGGCCCUGGUGAAGCUUGAAGUCGAUGGCCAUAUUCGUGAGUUCGAGGUCAACAUCGAGCAGAUCUCCGAAACCGAUGAGCUUUACGGGGUGCAGCGUGCUCGUCUGGACGCCGUCAAGGCCAUCGAGCGCGGUCUGGCCGCCCCUGGAACCGGCACCGCCAUCAUCAACGAGCUCAUCACCAGGAUCGCGACCUCUCCCGUCGCCAAUCAUCAGCAGGUGGCUGCUCUCUUGAAGGACUUGCGCGGGCAAAUCUCGCAAGCGUUCCAGCCUCAGUACAUCGACAGAUGGGGCAAGCAUUUCCUGAGGUCCAUCCGAAAGGCACAUCUGUCCGAGCAAUGCAACAAUUUCAAGGAUCCUGGCGUACAGGUCUACGGUGACGACUAUUGCAAGGAUAUCAUCAACGAUAUUGAAGAUAUAUUCCUUCGAAUCCCCCCGCCCGUCAACCAGCUCGCCGGUGGUGGCGCCGCCGCCGCAGCGCCAGCCAACCAGAACGCACUCCAACGAGGCGCCCCAGGUGGCAACAACCCUAUUCCCAACAUGCACGACGUUGUGGACCAUGGGCCGGUGCCCUACAAUGCCCAAGUAGUAGAAGGCAACGCACCUGGCGCCAAUUAUGCCGGCGCACAUCAACCGACCCGUCCUGGCGCUGCUCAGGACCAGCAGUCUGAUAAUGUCCAGCGCCAACCGUACAUGUUUCGCUUCUUGGCCUCGGGCAAUCCCUGCUUUGCUGAGGGUACACGGGUGCGCAUGGCUGGCGCGGACACGACCUUCAAGCACAUUGAAGAUCUUGUCGCUGGCGAUCAGCUCCACAUCCCGGCCGCUGGUCAAGACACUUCCGAUGCAAGAUCAGCCACCGUCCUCUGCGUCAUCAAGACACCGCAACUGCCGCUGCACAAGACGGCUCUAGUGAAGCUGGCUGACAAGGCUAUCCUCACACCAUGGCAUCCUGUGUUGCUCCCUGGAUCUGAUAUCUGGAGCUUCCCAAGCGAGCUUGCCGAUACCCACUAUUCGACCGAGUGUCCUGCGGUUUACAACCUGGUUCUGGAUCAAGGACAUGUCAUCGAACUCGAUGGCGGCAUUCAGAGCGUAACCCUUGCCCACGGCUUCUCGGGCGAUAUUCGAGAGCACCGCUACUUUGGAUCGCAGCUCUGUCUUGAGAGCCUGCAGCAACUGGAUGGGUUUGAGCAGGGCCGAGUUAUCGUCCGCGGCAUCCUGCGUGAUGAAGACGGAAAUGUCUGUGGAUUCGAUCGCGGCGAGCAAUAAGCCAGAUGAAAAUGCAGCGCUUGGAGGCCCCAAGAGUACCGAUGGGUAUAUCCGAUAUCCGAUGCUGCGUUGUGGUGUGCUAUGGCGUGUUGUGUUGAGAGAUGGAGAUGUGCGGCAAACAUAUACACCUUUUUUUUUUUUUCAGACACAUGGGGGAAACUGCCCGAUUUCAAUCGAACGAGUAGUCUGCGAUAGUCCACGUCCAACAGUUCCAUUAGCAAUAAAAACCGAUUACCUCGGCAA